AUGAGCAGGGGCCCAAUCACUGACCUCUGCGGAACUCCUGAUGAUACAGCUGCUCGAGAAGAUGGUGCGAAUGGAGCUCAACGUGGAGGUAAUCACAAGGAAAUGCAACAAGCACGUGACCAGGUUACUUCCGGUCUGAGAGACGUGGAUGGCGUUAAACAAACGAUCGGGGCGCUGCAAACUUACUUCAUGGACAAUAUUAACAAAUCAGACCUAGCAAUUGCAUUCAAUGCUCACACGAUAGUGGACAAGUCUCCGACCCAGGGCCAAGUGAUCGUCUUCAGCAACCCGCUGUUCAACAUUGGGAGCGCCUUUGACAGCGGUGCAGGAAUCUUCACGGCGCCUGUCACUGGCGUCUAUCUGUUCUCGGCGCACUUCUGCAUUCAAAACGCCCAAGAAUGGCGUUAUGCGUUCAUCAUAGACAGUAAGAUGAAUGUCAUAAAGGGGAGAAAUUAUGAUUCUACUGCUUACUCAUGUUCUUCGGCUAGUGCUACUGUCAUUCUCAGGCAAAACGAACGACUAUGGGUAGAGUGCACACAUUCUAAUCCAAACGAUAUGUUCCUCAAUGAUGACAGUUCUUACUAUAGGAACACAUUCUCUGGUGCUAUUCUUCACAAACUGAAGAAUUACCCGUAG